AUGAGUUUUCAAGCAAUGCCCUUUCUUUAUUUAAAUAUGGGAGGUGAAAUGGCUUAUAUAUUAGAGCAGAGAUUACAAGCUCAAAAUGUUGGAAAUGAAAAAAGUGUUAAAGUUUUGUGUGAUAUUGUUGCUGUAAUGUUGGGGAACAGUUUUUUAGAUGAAUUGUUUGAACCUAAAGAAAUGAUGUCAAGACAGGGACUUCGACAAUUUUUUGAACAAAUUGCCCAUUCAUCAGUAAUGCGUUUAAAUGAAGCAAGUAUGGAUAAAUUAUUUGAUUUAAUGAUAAUGGCAGUAAAAUAUCAAUUUCUUUUGUGCAAAGAACCUUCAGAAUUAGUAUUGGUUACAAUGAAUCAUAUUGAUGGAAUGAAAACAAUCUUUCAAUCAAAUCAACAAAUUUUGAGUCAUUUAAAUUAUGCUAAUACAUUAUUAAUGGAUCAUUUUGGAGAUACUCCAUUAUGGCAAAUGGCUAUAAUUAGAAGUGAAUUAUUAACUUUUCUUCUUGGGGCUAGAGUUAAAGUUAGUUUAAUGUUACGAGAACAUAAACAAAUGGAAGAUGGCCGUUUUGUUUUGUUCCCAGAAGGAGAACAAAUUGAAUUACCCUAUAAUGCCGUUGUGCCUGGAUCUGUUAGAUAUGUAGAGAAUGGUGCUUUGGUUAGAAGUGAAAACUUUCCUGUAGAUGAACAUUUUAAAGUUUCACCAGAUAGUUACCAGGUGAAAAAAAUUUUUUUAAUUUUUUAUUUCUAUAAAAAGGAACGAUAA